CCGAACCUGAGAAGGUAUGUGGAUCCCUAAGGGCAAAUUUGUGACAUCCCAACUGUGCUCUAUCUAUAGAGUUGACUCACAGCCAUAGCACUUGCUCAACAGUCGCCAGCCGCAAGAAGGGUUGGUAGACAAUGGUGCCCCAAAGUAUCGAGUUCGGCAGAAUUUUCUUGAAACUGGUGUUCUUUUUUCCUCAUGCAGCCUGAGUGCAAUUCAUAUCCCUCACUCAUCAAGGGUGCCUCCUUUUGCCGCUUGAACAGCGAGUGGUUGAAAUGUGUGCGCAUAGAAUAGGAUAGCAUGAAAAGGCCAAUGAAAAGGUAUCAAGUCGCUGGUGCAGUGUCCAUGCAUUGUGCAGUGUCCGUGGCUGCUUUGACAAAGACAUGAGGAGAGGCUGUGCACUUUGACGCACGCGUCACUGGAUCCACUUGAUGGGAUGGCCCAAAACCUGUCGAAGAUCAUCGAUCGGACUGUCGGUGUGUCCGGUUUUCACAAAAUAUUGUGUUCACUCCGACUUACUCAAAUGGAAGUGGAUUUGGAAUUGGCAUGGUUCCUUGGAAUGACCAUUGUUUUCUUUAACAGGUCCUUUUCCACGUAUGUGACUCGGAGGGUUUACCGCCCGAGCGAACAGACGCUCGCGUAGGCCAUGUGGAGGACUCUCUUUCGUGGUCUACUGGCACUUUCCUGUGGAGGACUCCCGAGAGAACGUACCUCGGCCCGUCACCAAUGCGUAAAGAGCAUCUUUCUCCACCCGGACAAGAAGCAGUCGACACAGCCUCCGGAUGGUCUAUGUUACAGAUCUUCAACAAUGCAACAUGUUUGCCUUAUUUGGGCUGGUUUUUAUAGAUGAAAGGGCAGACAUGUUGCACAGUUGGAAGAUCUAAGUAGCAUGUUCACAACAUCUUGUUUUGCGUCAUUUUUGAAUGAAUGACUCCACUCAGCCUUUGGCUCUAAAAGCUGCUGCUUUAGCUGCCAGAUUCGACAUGAAGCUGCUGUGGUUCUUGGCUGUUUCCACACUGCAGUUUGUCGGUGAAGUCUACCGAGUCUAUCCCAGUUUCUUGCGGUUCAUCGGCCAAAAGCUCCAGUCCAAGAGAGCUUCUUUCGCAUCGGGCUCCGUGCAACAAGCUGGUCAAUGCAGCAACUUCGGGAUCAGCUUCAGAAAGAAGCACACCCAGUCAGAGAUCAGCUUGAGCCAGCUGCCGGCUGGAUGGAGUCAAGCGCCUUUUGUGGUUCCAGAUGCUAAGCUGAUCUUUUGUCCUCAGUUCAAAGUGGGCACCACCGAGUUCAUGCGUCUCCUUCGGUGGCUAGAUGGUCAGGACUACAAUGUGCAUCCCCACUUUCAAGUCGAAGGCCGCCCGGGGAAUUUGACCACCUUGGCAGACUUUGAGAUGAAGGCUGCUUUGGAGAUGAUGCUUGACUCAGCUUGGAUCAAGUUGGUCGUUGUCCGUGAUCCGUUGCAUCGCUUGCGGUCAGCUUAUUUGGAUAAGAUAAAGAUAGUAGCAGCGAACGGUAGCAAGCACAUCCAAGAAAAGUAUGCGGACGCACUGAAUGUACGAAUUCCGACCCUGAGCAACUUGAGUUUUGCUACCUUCGUGAGAAGAGUCGAAGCUCAAAUGAAAAAAAUGUGAGUAAUAUCCACUGGAGAAUGCAAGCACAACAAUGCGGCUUAGAGUAUUUCAAGAAAUACUACUAUGUGAUGUACAUGGGCAUCGACAAGACUACCCACCCUGCUCUGCGUGAUUGUGUACUUCGGACAAUGACAAGCAGAAUGAAUAAAUCAAAGCU